AUGGCGAUAACGUUGCGACACCACGGGAACGGCUCGUACACCGUGGGCUUUGCUGCAGCCCACUUCGUCCACGCCACCGUCACCUCCUCCGGCGACGAGGCCUUCAAGUGGGUCCGCAACCUUCACAGUCGCCACCCCGGCAUCUCCGGCAUUGUCAUUGGCCUCGCCAUCGAGCAACGCCCCUCCGCCGACCAGCGCAAGAUCGCUGUCCUCCAGCUGUCCGUCGACCACCAAUGCCUCAUCUUCCAGAUCGCCCGCGCCGACUGGACCCCCUCCUUGCUCCGCAGGCUCCUCGACUCCCAUACCUGCCGCUUCGUGAGCGUGGACGCGGCAGCGGUCGCCGACCGGCUGCGCAACGAGCACGGGCUCGUGGUGAGGAACAUGGUGGAUCUCGGAGAAUUGGCGGCGGAGCGGACGGGCCUGGCCGAUCUGCGGCGGGCCAAUGUUUUGGUUCUGGCGCGGGAGGUGGUGGGGGUAGGGGUGUAUACCGGCGCUGUGACAAGCCGGUGGGAUCAGCCCGAUCUGUCGAUGAACCAGAUCGUGAGAGCGUGCGCGGAUGCCUUCCUGGCGUCGGAGGUCGGGCGGCGGCUGCUCCAGUAG